AUGUCGCUGCUGGGGGCAGCGAACCGACUGGGGCUGGAGUUGGGCCAAGAGGUCGUCCUGGCAGUGAUCCUACAUGUACUAUCCCCUGAAACCCCAGGACCGAACGAGCUGUUGCAGGACACGCAGCAGAAGUUGCAGGGCGGCUCUUUGAAGGAUCCCACGAACUACAUCUGCGCGACGGUGGAGCGUGGGUAUGUCCCAAGUGCCGGCAGCUUGAUGGGCAGACAAG